GAAUUCCCCUGCCACCGUGGUGUCCUGGCCCUCUGCAGCCACUACUUCCAUGCCAUGUUCUCCGGUGACUUCGCUGAGAGCAUCGCAGCACGGGUGGAGCUGAAGGAGGUGGAUCCCAGUGCGCUGGAGAUGCUGCUCGACUUCGCCUACACAGGGAAGGUCACCAUCAACCAGGGCAAUGUGGAGGGGCUGAUGCGGACCUCCAGCCAGCUCCACUUCCCCACUAUCCAGAAGGUCUGCAGCCGCUACCUUCGGCAGCAGAUGGAUGCCACCAACUGCCUAGGUAUCUGCGAGUUUGGUGAGAGCCACGGCUGCCCCGAGGUCUCCUCCAAGGCAUGGUCUUUCUUGCAGGAGAAUUUUGAAGCUGUCUCUCAGCAGGAGGAGUUCCUCCAGCUCUCCAAGGAGAGGCUGGACAUCGACCAUCCCGUGCCAUGGUGGGUAGUACCCUCUGCCCCAAAUCCCACCCCCUUGAGCCAGGGGGAAGGCUCAGCUCAGAGCCUGAUGGUCUUGCCCUGGCCUCUCCAUUAGGGGCAGAGUGAUGCUGGUGCCCGGAAGAACCCUGCAACAUCACCACAGAAGCUGGAGGAGGUGCUGGUGGUGGAACUUCGCCUUCUAGGCUCAGCUCAGAGCCUGAUGGUCUUGCCCUGGCCUCUCCAUUAGGGGCAGAGUGAUGCUGGUGCCCGGAAGAACCCUGCAACAUCACCACAGAAGCUGGAGGAGGUGCUGGUGGUGGUCGGUGGCCGUGUGCUGGAGGAGAGCGAGGAUGAAGAGAGGGGGCUGGAGACAACAGCUGCCCCCAGGAACUUCGCCUUCUACAACCCCAGAAGCAGGCGAUGGAUGGCUCUGCCUGACUUCCCUGAUUACAACAAAUGGGGCUUUUCCCUGGUGGCUCUGAACAACGAUGUGUAUGUCACAGGUGGCUCCCGAGGGUCCCAAAAUGACACGUGGUCAACGACCCAGGCCUGGCGCUUCUGCCUCAGGGAUGGUGCCUGGAAGCCCAUUGCAUCCAUGCUGAGAGCCCGGACAAACCACACCAGCACCGUCCUCAAUGGUGAAAUCUACGUCAUUGGGGGGACAACGGUGGAUGCGGUGGAGGUUGAGCGCUACGACCCGUACAACAAGAGCUGGUGCGCCAUUAGCCCGGCCCUCAAGUACGUGAGCAAUUUUGCGGCCACCAGCUGCCUGGGCAAGCUCUACCUGGUGGGCUCCUGCGCCGUCAAGUACAACGCGCUCACCCUGCAGUGCUACAACCCCGUCCAAGAUUUGUGGAGUGUGAUCACAUCCCCCUUCAUCCCCAAGUACCUCUCAGCCCCGCGCUGUGCCACCCUGCACGGGCUCAUCUACCUUAUUGGGGACAACACCAAGAAGGUCUAUGUGUACAACCCGGAGGCCAACAUCUGGCAGAAGGUGCAGCUCCUGCACACGCUCCAUGAGAACGGUGGGAUGGUGCCACUGGGCGACCGGCUCUUCGUCACCGGUGGCCACUGGAAGGGCAUGGACGGGGACUACCGUGUGGAGAUGGAGGUAUAUGACUGUGCCAAGGACCUCUGGACGCGGGAGGGCUCCCUGCCCUGCCUCUGGCUCUUCCACAGCUCCUCCUCCAUCUUCAUGGACACCUCCAAGUGGACGGAGGCUUUCCAGGGUGACCAUGGGUGGUAG